GCUGGUUUCAACUGUGUCCUGGAGCACUCGAGACUAGCAUUUUAAUCAAAUGAAUCGCCAAAGUAAUUUAUCUUUGCCUGGAGAAACACAUUUAUACCUGUGUUUAAACAUUCUGUUUGAUGUUCUGCUGUUAAAGCUGUGGACAGACUUAAAAUCCUCAAGAUACUGAAUUUGUACAAGCGUUCGUUUUUCUGAUCGUUUUGUCUCAUGAUUAGUGGUUUAAUCACUAGGUUUUAGUUUAUUGCUGCGAUAAGUUAUUUAUUAGGAUGUUUAUAUUAUAACCAAUAAAACGUGCGAUAAGUAUGUAUUAAUAAUAAAAAGAUUAAUCCAUCGUUAAUUGAUUAAUAAUUAUAAUAAUAAUAAUAAUAAUGUUACGUUGUCUUUUAAAACCAUUGAUAAUUGGAAUGCCAAGUUGUUUCUAGAUAAAUUAGAAGAGUAAAUAUUAGCAUGACAAUGUUAUGGGUAAUUUAACAGUGCUUAGUUGUUUUUAUGUGAAUUUGUUACUUUCUAUAACUGUCGUCAGAACCAAAAUUACAAGGAUGUAAAAACAAAUGUGUACACAAUAUGUAAUAAAUAUAUUGCAAAGGAUAUUGUUGAAGCUUUUACUCCUGGCACUGACCCCUCCAGACCUAGGGCCCAUGUGCUCACAGUCCAUUUCCUAAAUUUAUAUAUUACCAUUGCACAAUGGAGUCACAGGUUGGUCUUAUUCCUUGAGUUUAUCAAGUCCAUCGGAGCCGACCCUCGGAUUACCAAUCCGCGUCGCUCUUAGAGGGAGUGGACCAAUCAGAGAGCACCUCGGAUAAAUAUUCAUGAUUCCUCGAUUCAAACCUUUGAGCGAGUUUGUGUGGAUCCACAGCAUCGUACCUAGACUUUUCACAGAGACAAACUACAUUUUCUUAUGAAUGGAAAGUGAAAAAAUCAGUUGAGCUUAAAUUGGGAUCCAUCCUUCACUCAGAUCAUAGAGGAAAACAAAAAGCAGGGGGAGAGAGAGAGAUUGCGCCAGAAGACAUGACCAUGUCUACAAUACCAGAGAGUCUAAACAGCCCAGUCUCAGGAAAGAGCGUGUUCAUGGAAUUUGGGCCACCAAGUCAGCAAAUGUCGCCUUCGUCUAUGACCCACGGACAUUAUUCAAUGCACUGUUUACACUCCUCCGGACACCCGCAGCACGACAGCGCAUACAGCCCGGCUCCGUCCUUCCCCAGGUCGCUGCCUUAUCCAUAUGUCAACUCGGUCGGUAGCCAUUCCUCCAGUCCGUACCUCAGCACCGUGCAGACGUACCCAAACAACGCCGCUUUGGCUCAGACGAGGUUGGAGGACCCAGCACCGGAGUCAGAAAAAAACACAGUGGUGGAAGGAGGAGAGGUUCGCUUCAACGGAAAGGGCAAAAAGAUCCGCAAACCGCGGACCAUCUACUCAAGUCUCCAGCUGCAGGCUCUGAAUAGACGUUUCCAGCAGACUCAGUAUCUGGCUUUACCCGAGAGAGCCGAGCUCGCCGCAUCACUUGGGCUCACACAAACACAGGUAAAGAUCUGGUUUCAGAACAAGCGGUCCAAGUUUAAGAAACUGAUGAAGCAGGGCGGAGGAACAAUAGACACAAACGCCCUGGCUAACGGGCGCGGACUCUCUACCGGAUCUCCAUCCCUUGCGCCCGUUUGGAAUUCCACAGCCACUGUCAAAACGUCCACACCGACCUCUUAUAUUCCCAGUUACACCUCAUGGUAUCCGACAGCACAUCAGGACACUAUGCAGCAGCCGCAACUCAUGUGAACCAGGAGGACUGCUAAAACAACCCUGCCCAUCUAUUCACCAGUGGCCAGUUUAGGGGACCCGACACAGGCCAGUCACUCUGCGGCCUUACACACCCCGGCCCUCCGCAGCACAGACCAGAUGUGACCCGGGGACACUCUCAAAAUCAAGACACCUGCUAGGACACCUGGCCAGUGUGAACUGAAAGAGGGUCGUCUGCAUCGGAGAGGCAACAUGACUCUUAUUUUUUAAGGGAAUGCCGUAAAACUGGGUCAAAUCAAAGCUGCUACUUUCCCAUUUCCGUGACCUUUUGUUAUGUAAAAUACAUGAAACUGUAAGAAUUUAUUUCAUGCUUUUCUUUAAAUUUGGAAUUUGGAUUUGCCGGUGUGCCCCCAGCACAACAGUGCGUGUUGGCUAGAGCGUCAUAAACAUCACCCCAAAACUGCACAUUUCCCAAAAUCCCGUGCGUUACGUUGGGUGCAUGUUGUCAUUUCAGGCUUUGUCACGAUUUGGUGGAUGAGUAAUAACUGGUCACACCGUAACCGUAAACGUCUCACGGUUUUCCCAAUUUUAAAGGGAACAAAUGAAUCUUUAAACAAAAUGAUUUUGGAUGUAUGACUCCUUGUGUUAAUUUAAAUAUAACUUAUUUAGACUUGUUCGCCUGUCUGUAUGUUUAUUUAAAAUGAAUGUUCUUUAAAUUAAGAUAUAAGACUGCACUAUAAAGUAGACACACUUACCCAGAUUUGAACCUAAUUUGUAAACCCGAGUGUUUUUGGAUGAUGCAGAGAGAGGCACGAUACAGAUAAACGCGUCUGUCAUCGCCGUUAGAUGGGAAGUGUUGACAGCUCUAAUGUACAGAAAUAGUCGUUGUGUGCUGAAUAAUUUGUGCAAAAGGAUCUAAAUAUGAUUGUGUUUAUUAAAAUUCAUGUGUCUUUUCGUUUCACAUUGAAAAAUAGUUUUAUAGCUUACCCGUCACAUUAAUUUAUUGUUUUUGAUUUAUGUCUUGUAUAAUGUGUAAAGUCUGACAGUAAAAAUCUGCUUAUGAAAGAAGUUACAAAAUGUCAUAGCCAGAUGUAUUGCUGUACCAUAAUUAAAAAAAAAAGAAACGCGGCUGAAUGCCGUCAACUAAUAAACAAAAAACAGGCCAAUGCAAUGUGAUGAAAUUAAAUCUUUAGCCAUUUUCGUUUAAAAAUCCAAAAUAAGUGUUGCAUAAAUUGCUGUUUAUAGAAAACAAUACGAUUUAUAAAAAUAAUCAAACGCAUUUUAUAAGUUAAUCAAAUUUAAUUUAAUAAGAUCACGUCAGCAUGCACACACAGCUAGGGCUAAUACGUCAAGCUUCAAGAAGCUUACAAAUUCACAUUAAUCCUCACAUUUUGCUUCAAUAUUUGGCCAUUUUAUCUCCCUUUGUCUCUUUUGCAUUAACCUAUACUUUUUCAUUGCAGUGUGAAUCACCGAUUAAUCUUGUGGUGGUUUCUGUAACACAGCAAUUCCUCCGACAAUAAGGGCACUUGUUUCUAUUCACUUUCGUUUAGCCGCUAUAAGCUCCUUUCUGCUCUUGUGUGGCUGCUUUUGAUGGCCGUGUGUUAAGUGAAUAAUCGGGCAGGUGCCGCUCAUA